AAAAGGAAUGGGAAGGACUAUUGAAAAGACAUUGAAAUUGGCUAUGCAUUUUCAACUGCAAGGGUAUAAAGUGGAUAUAUUGACUGGAAGUGUACAAGUAUUGGAUGAAUUUGAGAAAAGAGUGGAACUGUUUAAUCCUGAUGCUAUUCUUGCUGCUGAAAUGGAUUAUGAGACUGAGUAUAAGAAGCGUAUGGUUAGUUCAGUGGAAGCAAAAGUGUGGUUACAAAGAGAGUAG